UAAGUGGACAAGAGUUUUGCAAGGAAACCUUGAAAGGUACAUGAAUGUGACUCAUACUAAGUUGAAAGAUGAAAUAGAAGAAAUGGAUGACAAUGAAAAGGAAUAUCUUCGCGAACUCACAGAUUAUCAGAAAGAUCAUUGGAGCAUGGAAUUAGGUGAUUUAACGAACCUCGAUGAUAUAGAUAAUAAGUUAUUGGACAUCGGAAUUCUUUAUAUUAUGGACAUAAAUAAAGUUGGGUUUACAAGCUGUAUUAUAUUACGUGUUUGUAUUAAUGCCACUUUUCCUACAUCAUCAAAAAGACUAUCCAGAGACAAAGUACCAAGUGAUCCCGUUGAUUUAUUAGAACUUGGACUAAAGUUAAUUGAUCCUCGCACAAUUACUGAUAAAAGGGCUAAAAAUAUACAUGGUCCAAGAGAAAGGGCUAUGCAAGCAUCACUUUUUAGUAUCUUUAAUGGUUUAUUACCGAAACCGGAAAUGAUGUGCUUGAUGGAGUUAAAAUCUGGUGGUAAUUAUCUACUUGACCUAAUGAUAACUGAUGGUGAUCAAAAUUUAACUGCCUACUCACUCAAAUGUGGUGUAACAUCGGAGCAGAAGUUUGAAGAAGCGUUUAAGCAGGCUUGGGUAUAUUCUGAUUAUUUCCAUAUGGAGAUAUGUAUUGUUAAUUUCCUUCCAAAUAGUCACGACAAUCUUAAUAUUCCUUAUGAUACUCAUGACAUCGUUUUAAUUAGUGUUGAGCAUAAUUAUGAAUGUACUAAGUUUGCAAUUCAAUCACAAACUCAUGAAUACCAAGAAAGAAUAGUUAUGAUUUAAGACUGCGGAAUGUUUCACAAGAAUAAUUAGAUAUAACUUUUGUUCAUUAAAUAAAGUAUUGAU